GAUGACGACGACGACGAUGAUGAUGAUGAUGAUGAUGAUGCCCCUUUUAUCGGCGAUACCGUGACUGUCCCUGUUGUCAGUGAUACCGUGACUGUACAUGGUAACGGUGAUGCCGUGGUUGUCCCUAAUGUCGGCGAUACCGUGACUAUCCCUGUUGUCAGUGAUACCGUGACUAUACCUGGUAACGGUGAUGCCGUGGUUGUCCCUAAUGUCGGUGAUACCGUGACCGCCCCUGUUAUCAGUAAUACCGUGACUUCGCCGAGUAACGGGGAUGCCGUGGCUGCACCUGAUGCUGGUGAUGCCGUGACUUCAAAUGUUAUCAGUGAUACCGUGACUUCGCCUAGUAAUGGUGAAGUCGAGUCUGCCCCUGAUGCUGGUGAUGCCGUGACUACCCCUGUUGUCAGUGAUACCGUGACUGUGCCUGGUAACGGUCAUGCCAUGGCUGUCCCUGAUGCCGGUGAUGCCGUGACUAACCCUGUUAUCAGUGAUACCGUGACUAUGCCUGGAAACGGUAAUGAGGUGGCUGUCCCAGAUGCCGGUGAUACUGUGACUGUCCCUAGCACCGGUGAUACCGUGACUUACCCUGGUGCGGGUGCUACGGAUCCUGUUAUCAGUAGUACAAAGACCGAUGAAGAAGACGAGAAUGAAGAUGAUGGUGAAGAUGUCGAUGAUGGUGAAGAUGAUAUUACAGUCGCUUAUCGAAAGCUUUUUAGAUUUGAUUUAGAUGACGACUCUGAUAGGGAAACGAUUGAUAGUGUUAGCCGUCCUGCACCAGAGUAUCCCGGUGGUGAUAGUGGUCCAAAUAUAAUACUUUAUGAUCCUCAAUCUGAAACAGAAGACCUGACAUCUAUAAUUUUAAAUCUCAGCAGUAUUGCUUUAGAAAACUCCCCGAAUCCCAUAUUUCUCCCAAAGGAUACUGAAAACCACCCAACAAUGAUUAUUGAUGUGGCGGAAGGUACAGUCAUUUACGACAAAGAUCGUAUUGAUAACCCGGUUAAUAAACCGCUACCAAUCAGCGUUGAUAGUAUUGUGGCAAUUUAUAAUAACAAUCCAUUUGCUGACGAUCCCAUCGGAAAUCUCAUCAAAGAGAUGGAGAAUCCAACAAUUGUUAGGACCGACAGCAAUGCAACUAGCGAGCUGUUCAAAGUUACUUCUAAUGUCAAUUCCACUUUUAACUCAGAUAUUGAUGACGAGACUACAAGUAACCGGCUGUUGUGUACCGAUACCGGAAAAUCCUGCUUCCAGUACAACCCUUUCUCUGGUCUCAAACCAUCAUGUUGGUCUGGGAUUGAUAAUAAUCUUUUAGUAAAUGGUUAUCCUCUUAAUCGAUGCUGUAACAGGGGCGGAAAUUUCCAGUCUCCCAUCAAUAUUCGAGUACCAGGCAAAAUAGAAGAAAUGGGUAGGACUCUCACCUAUGAUAGCCUAUCUAUAACAGGUUACUUAGAAAACAACGGCGUGUAUCCCACAUUUACAGUGACGGGUACUAAACCAGUACUUCAAGGAGCUCCAACACAGAACCUAAAAGGUUACGUUUUAGAUAGUAUCAAUUUCCAUUUUGGCAAGAAAGGUGGUCUUAAACAAACAGAGCAUUUAGUUGACGGGAGAUCUUUUGAUGCAGAGGCCCAACUAGUACAUCAUCAUGCUGAUUAUUCCAAUCUACAAGAGGCCAGUUUACAUGAAGAUGGGAUUCUUAUAAUGGCCGUAUUCUUAUCGACAACUGAAGGAAACACGGAUAGUGCUUUUGAUAAAAUCCUUAGUCAGGUCUCUAAGGUGAUACCAUACACAGCUUCAGGACGAGAAAAUUCUUGUAGUUUAGAGAAUAACAGAGUAGCUUUAUUAAAAUUACAUGGUAUGGUUGAUACAAAAUGUCUACCAAUUAGAAGUAACAGAAUCAGUGAAAACUGUGCAACAUUUGCAUCUCGAACGGCGUGUGGUAAUGUUGUUACAGACAUACAUCUUAAUCCAGGUAAACUAUUACCUAUAAUACCACGAUAUUUAUACUAUGAAGGAAGCUUGACAGUACCACCAUGUUCAGAAGCUGUCAUCUGGUUAGUUGCAGAAAGCCCAACAAAAAUAGAUCCAAUUUACCUGGAAUACUUUUCGCUAAUGGAAUCUCGGAUUAGUGGAGAAACUAUUUCAACGCACGGUAAUAUAAGACCGUUACAGAAAUCAGGAAGACGACACAUCAGACGGGUUGUAUUUAAUUAGGUGCCAGCUGUAAUUUAUAACGAGUGUGUAUUUACUAAGUCGCAAUCAGAUUUCAUCUUGUUUAUUGAUAAUUUAAUCAUAAAAUAAGUAAAACCAAAACAUACUUGUGAAAUUAAGUCUAAUUUGAUGUGAUUUCACCUUCUGAAAUCCUGGUACAACGCAUUGUGCCUGUUAGUUGUAAAUAGUGGCGCAAUUUGAAAUAAUACCAAUGCACUUGAUACUCUUCUUCUUGUUCUUUCUAUGACGGUAUUGAAACAAAAGUCCCCACCAAUUCGAGUAAGAUCGAUAUGCCUGUUCUAUUGCCGGGCGGGCUUCGAUUUUUGAUACGGCGUCACAAUUCUAAGAAUGGCGGCGAUGACCCAUUUGUUAUGAUCAAUAGGUAUCAUAGUACCCCUGUACAAAGUUUCAUGCUUCACUCAAGAAGUGAAUGAUUCUAAAAUCAAAAAAAAAUAUCCUAGUAUGACGUGGU